AGGCUAAGUGGAGGCACAUGGCCAGGGAACGACAGAGCUUUUCUUCUCUUUAGCACAUUCACUCUCUGACUGGAAUACUCCAACUACAGGACAACUGGACUCUAGCCGGCCCCACUGCUUCUCUCUACCAUUCUGUACCUGACCAGGAAAUCCUAGCCCCUCACCCUAACCCAAGCAGACAGUUGACCUCUCUCCCCUGUGCCCUACAGGAUGGCUGAGGCUGAACUUCACAAGGAGAGGCUCCAAGCCCUGGCGGAGAAAAGGAAAAGACAGUCGGAGAUUGAAGACAAAAGGAGACAACUGGAUGAUGUGGUGCUGCAGCUUCAACAUCUCAAGUCUAAAGCCAUGAGGGAACGUUGGCUUCUGCAAGGCACAUCCUCUGGACCUAAUGAUGAAGACGAUGGACGGAGAAGACAACUGGAGAGGGACGAAGAGCAGGGGAAGAGACUAGAGGACACUAUUUACAGGUUGGAGUCUGAGAUUGGUCUGCUGGAGUGCGAGGAGUCUCAGAUCUCAGCUAAGGAGCAGAACCUCAGAGAGAGGUUAAAGAAGACUGAGAGGUCCAUAGAAGAUCUGCAAAAAAGUCUUCAGAAUGAGCAUGAUGCUGUGAGUGACGCCUGUCUCUCCGACCCGCCAGACUACUCCAGUACCACUCCUCACCGGGCCUCAGGCUCAGCACCACUCGGCUCUGGGAACCAUCCAAGGACACCUGCGAUGUACGCCAUGGAGAUCAACGUGGAGAGGGACAGGAAGACCGGUGACACCCGGAUCCUGUCGGCGUCCUCCGUCAGCCCCGACGAGGUCCCCCAGCGCGGUGUGAAGGUCUUUGACGACGGCCGCAAGGUCGUCUACGAGGUGCGCUCGGGGGGAUACACCACCACCUCCCUGGAGAACGGGGGUCACCCCUGGAGCUCUGCCCAGGUGGACGACCUGAUGCAGCGAGUUGGGGCGCCCACUGGCCGGGCCGAGGGGGACAAGGCUAAGGUCACAGUCAGCCCUGCCAGUGCUGAGGACCCCAAAACCUCCCCCAGGUCCACUGACCCCUCCGCAGACCUACCUGGCACCUACGCCCCCUCCAGCACCCCUCCAGCCAUCCCAAGCCCCUCCCACAUCACCCCAAAGGUAGCUCAGCCCCAGGCACCUGGCUCCGCCAUCACCUCCCAGCCCCCACCUGGCAGAGGAGUGACCUACGAGGGGGAGGUGACGAAUGCUCCCCAUGCUACAGCAGAUAAGCCCGUCACAAUGAUCUUCAUGGGCUACCAGAGCGUGGACGACCAGGAUGAGACCAAGAGGCUGCUGGGAUUUGACGGCACCAUCAAGGCCGAGAUCGUCCUGAUCGAUGAGGACGAUGAGAAGUCGUUACGGGAGAAGACGGUCACAGACAUCUCCACCCUGGAUGGCAAUGCUGCCGACUUGGUGUCUGGCGCUCGGCCAGCCAGCGAAUCCACCGAACUGUCUUCGGAUGGGAAGGACGAGAGCUCUGCCCCGGCCGCCAAGGAACUCCCAUCCCCCGCAGGUAGAAGACAGACUCCAGGGACCAUGGUGACAGGAAACGGAAUCAUGUCUAAACCAUCCAUUGCUACUACGAAAUCAUCAAAGCCCUCAGAGGAUGGUAGUUGUGAGCUGAAGAGAGACAGGCCGGAGAGAAAGAGCGUCAGUUUCCUGGACUCUGUCAGUGUAAUCCCAACUAGCAAUACCAACACCAUGGAGGUAGGGGCCCAUCCAGAAAGCUCCUACCCCAGCCAAGGGCUCAACUGCCUAGGCAACAAACACCAGACGCAGCAAUUGGACAUGGAGGGAGCCCAGGAGAUAGCUUACCUGGAUGAGGUGUUGGAGGCAAACUGCUGUGACCCAGGACCUGACAACACACCCGCUAACGGCAAUGCCAGCCCUGAGGGACACCCUGGGGAGGUUGAAAUCGUUGGGGCGUCUCCUUCUGUCCACGUCUCCAACACAGACACACAGUCCCUACAGACCGUCCAGGAUGUCAUAGUGGAGGGGAGGAAGCAGACCACAUUCAUAGACCAACACGAAGUCAGUAACACCAGAACCAACGGCCACUCUGGACCAAUGAGAGGAGAGCAUGAGCACUACAGCAAACCAGAAGGGGAGGGGAUUACAUCCCCAAACAUGACACCGCUAAAAAAGGAGGCACGAUUCGAGUUGCGGGCCUUCCAGGAGGAGAAAAAGCCGUCAAAGCUGUUUGACCCAUGUGAGAAAGAGGUGCGUGUGAAGAAGGUUCGUCCUUCAGAGGAGGUAGCAGAGCUGGAGAGGGAGCGCCUGGAAUUGAUCCGGGGACAGGCCGUGAAGAAGAACCCAGGCAUGGGCACGAAGUGGUGGAAUCCUCCGCAGGAGAAGAGCCUGGAGGAGGAACUGGAGCCAGACAAACUGGAGUCACAUAGGAAGUACGAGGAGAGGAAGCAGCAGCGCAGGUCAGAGUUCACCGGGGGGUUGCCUCAGACGUACUCCAUGAGCUUCGACCCGAGCUUCGACCCGAGCUUCGACCCGGACUCCAACCAUGACCCAGGAGAGCUCCAGAGUACCAAAGAGGACAUUGUGGUGGAGCAAAUUGACUUUGCAGCAGCCCGGAAGCAGUUCCUUCAGAUCGAACACGACAGGAAGCAGGCGGACGAGAAGUCACAGGUUGCGGCACCCAGGAGGAGCGUGGCACCACAGCUGUACUCGGCCAAGCCCUUCUCUAGAGCGUCAGAUGAUGUCUCCCGUGUGGAGCGAUCCUUCGGCUCCGUCACCGUGGGAUACAGCGGUUACCUGGGUUCGCCACUAGAGGACAGCGACAUGACCACCACCACUGUCAGGACAGAGAGGACGCACUGCCACCAAGGAGAGGCCCAGUCACCCACCAACAACCUGGGGCAGGGCGAGGCCAUGGACAGUGGUCCCAAGGAGGCCUGGACAGAGGACAGGGACGGAGACUUCACCUGUGCCCGGGCAGUCAUGACCUUCCUGAAAGACGAGGGUGACUCUGAGCAGCAUUGUGCAUCCUCCCUCCACAGCCCCAGUGCCUCCCUUUCCUCCUGCCACCCCGAGGAGUGCGACUCUGGGCUCGACGAGCUGUCCCUGCGCUCCCAGGACACCACCAUCCUGGAGACCCUGUCCAACGACUUCAGCAUGGACAAUGUCUCGGACAGCGGGGCCUCCAACGAGACCAUGUCAGCCUACUUGGGGGACUCGUUGCCAUGCACCCCCCAGGCCACCACACCCCUGAACAGCAAGACAGAGGGCGGGACUCCCAUUUCCCAUGACGGACAGGGCCAGGGUGUGUCGGAGGAGGAGCUGGAGUACCAUGCUGGUAUCCUGGUGCAGAGCGCUAUCCAGCAGGCCCUGAGGAACCAGUCCAGGCACGGAGAGGGGUGGCAGGAGAGCCCCCGUUUGGGCACGGAGUCCUCUCCCCUCCCCCCCACUGAGAGGCAUCUAGACUUAGAUGUCCUUCCACCUUCUUCUGGGAAGCUCUCAUCUCCACCCCCAGAACAUCUGUCACCUACUCCCCUAGACCUUCACCCUCCACCACUUCUAGACCUCCACCCACCUCCAUCUCCCCAGCUGCACUCUCCUCCAUCCCCCAAGCCACAAGCUUCUUCAUCCCCCGAGCAACACUCACCGCCAGACUCACUGCAGCAGUCUCCAACACCCGGUCAAUCCCUUCAAUCAACUCCACCCCAGUACCAGCCAACUCCGCCCCCAUCUCCCCGGCAACAGUCCCCCACAGCCCAGGCAGAGAGGCCUCCCCAGAGGCCAUCCGCAGGAGGUCCCAAGAUCAUCGUCCAGUCCGCCCUGAGUCGUUCCCUGGCCCUAAAUCCAGAUCCCGUCCCAGUCCGCACCCCUGUCUACGUCCCCCCCCGGCCCGCUGAGCCCCCUCUGCCGUCCCCCACCGCCGGUGACAAAGACCAGUUCAGCUACUUCUCCAAGUACUCCGAGGCUGCCGAGCUCCGCAGCACGGCGACGAGCCCCAGGGCCCAGGAGUCGGAGCAGAGUGCCGGGCCUUUCAAGCUGCGCUCCCGCAAGCAAAGGACGCUGUCCAUGAUCGAGGAGGAGAUCCGAGCAGCACAGCAGAGGGAGGAGGAGCUGAAGAAGCAGAGACAGAGCCUGGGAGCAGUGCGGUCAGCGCUGGGCCCCAGAACCAAUCAGACCGGGAGGCCCAUGACGAUGACCAUCUCCCCAGGGGACAAGCAAAAAACCAACAGUCUGCCUGCUAGACUCAGCCUCUCAGGGCACCUGCCACCCACCAAGCUAACCCUCACCAGCAAGACGGCUCCAGGAAAGAUAGAGAAGGUUCGUCCCGUUCCUCCUGUGUCCCCCAGCUCCUCUGAGGGUCCCCUGCCCUCCCCCCUCUCAGAUAUGGGCAGUGACGACUCAGGAGGCAGUGGGCGUCCCAAAAACUUCAUGCAGACCCUGAUGGAAGACUACGAGACGCACAAAGUGAAGCGCCGGGAGAAAGUAGAGGACAACAGCUAUGCCCGUUUGUUGCUCUCUAGCGAGGUUACUACAGAGGUGCUGGAGGCGACUCGAGUCACACGUAGGAAAAGCAACAUGGCCCUGAGGUGGGAGGCAGGGAUUUACGCUAACGAGGAUGGACAGGAGGAAGAGGAGGAAGAGGAGGAGGAAGAGGAGUAGAUUUCACUCCCAAUUCUGUGACUGUCACAAUUAGAGGGCUAGAUGGAGGGAUGGAGGAGAUGGAGGGAUGGAGGACACAGCAAGCCAACCACAAGUAUUUAUUUUACUAAGUAUUCUAAUCACAUGAUCUGCUGGAUGCACCAGCCCGGAGGAAGACUCAGCCAGCCCUAUCCACACAAUAAACAGAGAGACUCAUGGGAUACAGCUGGUUGCCGAGCAACACACAAGGAGCCAUGAAGACAGCAUGGUGGGGUCAAAGAUCAUGUGUUAAGUUCCACUUUGGGAUUUUUUUGAAGUUUUUUGAUAAACAAACGCAUUUGAUCGGUUUAACAUUAAGAAUAAUGACGAUAUUAACAAUGAUAAUCUUGUAUUGAAGUGGUUCACAAGGAGACAUUAGCCUGCCAGUGAUCUUGUUUUAUCUGUGAUGUGAAGAAGAAUGUAGGAAUGACUAGAGUCACUGGAAAGUAGGCUGUGUUUGUAAUGACACACUAUUCCCUAUCUUGUGCAGUGAGGCCUUGUCAAAACAAGCACACCACAGUUUGUAGGGAACAGUCCAGUGUUUAGCUGUUCUCCAGAUUACAUCCCACAGACAACUAGUGUUAUCAUGUUAUUGGAGGCAUGGCUAUGCAGCUCUAUGGCCAGCAGUUCUCUGCUAGCUAAUGGCUGUUCUCUGUAAGCGGCUAUAAAGCCCUUUCGUUCAUAACAUUUUAAGAUGUAGCCUGUUCUGUUCAUGUAGGUGAUAAGCUAUGGCGCAUAUCUGAGUUUCUCCAGACUGAAGAGCAUGUUUGGAUUGGGAGCAUAGUUGUCUGAGGAAUGAAAAGAUAUAAUAUAGUAGUUCUAACGAAUAUACAAAUACUACACGUGUGUUUUACGUCAUGGAUGGUAUUAUAAGAGAGUGGAGAAAAUGUUAUUGCUAUUAUUAAGUUAAACAAAUGUAGUAAGAACAUUGAUGAGAUGAACAGAAUGUCUUCGUUGAUAAAGUCAAUAGAAAAGUAUCUGGUCCAGUACAAGCUACAACAGAGGCAGUCUCCAUCAUGGGAGCAUUUGAGCCUUUCUACUGGAUCCUUAUAACCACUACGAGGGACACCUGUUCAGUCAACAAGGUCACCAACUCCUCUUGGAAACGGCCAACGAGACAUCAUGGGCUUCUGGUGCCAUGUGGCAUCAGUGUUCAGUUAUAACGUUCAACACUACCUGGCUUUUCAUAGUGUUGGGCAGAAAGGCGAUCAGCAGAUAAGUUUAAUACGUAACCCAAUGUGAACUGUAUUCAACAGAAUAUAUUCCCUUUUACGCUCAUAGCUGUGCCUGAUCCGGGACCUGUUCUCCACAGAGAUGAGGGCAGUGAGGGCGCCAACUGACCGUCCUUAAGGAGGAUUGUGGUCACUCCAAAAUGUUUGACCAUCACCAAGUGUGGUUGCUCCAACCCCAGACACAUGUGUUGUGUUAGGAAAUGUGUUGCUGGACGUCUCUUCUAAUACUGUAAAAGGUUUCAAAACAGGCUGUGUUUUUUAAGUAUUUAUGUCAGAUAUUUCUCUUGCUGUGGAAUCCACAGAUCAUUUAUUUUGUACCUACAGUGCAUACUCAAUGUUUAAACAGCGCUUCUCUGAUGUAAGCAGUUUGUAACAUAAUGCAAUAGGAUGGAUGUGUGUGAAGGACCUGUCUAGAUAAAUGUUUUGAUGUUUGCUACAUGGCAUUCAGGGAAAUACUGCAAUAAUGUCUCUGCAGAUAGUUUCAUUUUUGACCGCUGUAGCCGAGGGAAAAACUGUUCUUUGAUGAUACCAUUCUGACUGAGUGUCUUGAAGUCAAGGACCGAAAACCUUCAAAACACCACCGUCAGUUGAAAGCAAUAGUUUGCAUGAAAAUGUUAACGUUUCAAUCCUGUUGUCAUGUCCUGAAUAGGGCAUGUUUUUCAUCAUUACCAGUCAAAGUAUUGUGGAAACAUCAAGGCAAGUACUCUCCUCUUUGUCCAAUUCCUGUUAAGACAGAACAGGAAAUAUAAUUUCUCUCUUCUCUACGGAAUGCAAUCAGCAAGAACAACUGAUGGUUGAUCUGAUGCUUAACCCACUGAGAUAAAACACCAGACCUGUAUCACUCUGUUGACAAACAUCACUACUACACCAAAGCAGCACUUACUUGUUCUCUGUGGGUGGAUGUUGUUCUUCGUAAACAGGACCUGUCCGAAACUACUUGGCCACAAAACAGGAUCUUAGAAAUACAUAUAGAAGCAGGCUGUGUGCUGUGCCCUCGCAAAAGAAAAUAUAUUUCUGCUCAGAGUUUGGUUGCCGCCAUGUAAAAAACACAUCUCAAAUGGUAUCUAUCACCUAUAUGACGCGCCUGUCAUAUGGACGUUCCGGUCACCAGGCUCUGGUAGAAGAUGCAUUGUAUAAGGAAUAGGGUACCAUUUGGGAGUCCACAUUCAACGAACUUAUUAAGGGUUUAUAGCGUUCCAAGACUUGUUUUUAUAUGAUGCAUGUAAUGUUUCAUUUAGUAUUUAAUGGACUACAGUGUCCUAAUAAGAGUUGAAAAAUAUUUCAUUUUGUUUCUGCUUUAGCCACACACAAGAUGUGUGUUUCUCUGAUUAUACUAAUUCUCAGUCCCAAAUGGCACCCUUUUCCCAACAUGGUGUAUAGUGCCCAACGGGCAAAUCAAAUUUAGGGUGCCAUUUGGGCCAUGCCCUGCGUGUGUGAGGUGACCAGUGUUGCCUUGGUGACGCUAGUGGGGGGGGGUAAGAAAGGGAGAGCAGUAGAAUGAGAUGGAGAAGAUGGCAAGGAAAAGGAAGGGAGACGGAGUGGAGUUGGGAUUCCCAGGACUGAAUUUCAUGGGUGAAGUUGAGAUAUUCUGUUCACUCAGACCAUCAGAACUGAGCCGUUAACUUUCUAAGAUUGUCCACAACGUUGAACAGAUAUUGAUCUGUGACCUAGGAAGUUGAACAGAAAUGUAUCUAUAACCUAGGGAGUUGAAAAGAGAUGAAUCUGUGACCUAGGGAGUUGAAAAGAGAUUCAUCUGUGACCUAGGGAGUUGAAAAGAGAUUAAUCUGUGACCUAGGGAGUUGAAAAGAGAUUAAUCUGUGACCUAGGAAGUUGAAAAGAGAUUAAUCUGUGACCUAGGAAGUUGAACAGAAAUGUAUCUAUAACCUAGGGAGUUGAAAAGAGAUGAAUCUGUGACCUAGGGAGUUGAAAAGAGAUUCAUCUGUGACCUAGGGAGUUGAAAAGAGAUUCAUCUGUGACCUAGGGAGUUGAAAAGAGAUUAAUCUGUGACCUAGGAAGUUGAACAGAAAAUAAAACUGAUAGGUAGUUGAUGAGAGCUGAAGAUAGGCAGAAGUUAGGUGUUACUGAAAGAUAUUGUGGAUAAGUUGAAAUUAUAAACAGAAAGACAAUGAGGUUUUCAUCUGAAAAUAAUUUUAACUUGCAAAAGGAGAAGUUUUUUUCUCUCGCUUGGUUACAUUGAUGUAUGUGGGAGACACUUUUUUAAUAAUGAGACUUUUUAUUUGUGCAGUGGAACAAACACUAAAGGAAAAUAGUUUUACAGAGGCCUAUAUUUUAAUGCUAUGUACACAAAUGUAAUCAAGCUAUAUAUUAUUGUUUGUGUGUGUGCAUUUGUGAGCGGUUUUGUUGUGUGUGUGUGUGUGUGUAUGGUCUUUUAGGAUAUUGAAUCUACAACUGAAAAAUAUGCAAAUUGAAGGUUAGUGUUACAAGACAAGGCUUCAUAGCACACUGACGUUUUAUUAGCAUAAGGCUAAACUGACACUUCAAUUACUAUAAUUGCCAUAUAUCUUUACAAUGUACAGGUGUCUUUUUAUAGGAGAAUGCUUCCAGGGAAUAUGAUACAAAAAGAGCACAACUCCUAGAUUUGAAGGAAGACUUUUUAAGAAAGAGAUGAAAUUGAUCAUAUAGGAAGUAGCUAGUUGUUUCUCCAAUAGUUACCUGGUUAAGCAUACUGUAUAACCAGUCAGGUGUAGUGCAGGUUGCCAUGUGUAAAUAUUAUGAAACCAUUUCGCAGCACAAAUUACCAAGUAAGAGCACAGUAAAAAUGUUGACACACUAUGAAGGAAGAUGAUGACAGAAGAAGCGGGGCAUCUUCAGAUUUCAUCAGAGCUACUGUAACGUCAAAACCACAGGCAGUAGCCCUGCGCCUGAAACUGAGCCUCUGUCUCAAAAGGCACAUUCUUCCAAUCUUAGUGCACUCGUUUUGACCAGGCUCGGCUCAAAAGCAGUGUACUAUAUAGGGAAUAUGGUGCCAUCUGGGACAAACAGACAGUUUAUAUUGUGAACUCAGGAAGAGAUCUGAAUGGAGCUACGCUAUUUUGACUAUCAGAAAUAUAUCAUGGUCGAGUUCUGAUUUGCUGUGGAGCCACACUAUUUUGACAAUCAGAAAUAUAGCAUGGUGGAGUUCUGACUGAUUUGCUGUGUUUUUUUUUGCUGUGCAGAAACAAUUGCAAUUCAGUGCUGAAGCAGACAACAUUCACUAGUGAAUACUCUGCGAUACUUAAUGAUACUCCAUGCUACUUCAUGAGACUCUACAAUACUUCCCGACAGUUCUGCCAAGGGAUUUGAACACAGAGUGAGACAGGUUUCUGAUUGUAGGCCUCUGACAUUACUGAACACUUGUGGAAUUUUAAUUAACAUGCACACGAGAAAGAAUUAUCAGUUGAUUGUGUUCAUUUUGAAUUUGUGGUGUUUUUAUUUUUUAUUGCAUUACUUAUCAUUGUAACCGCAGAGGCUUUGCUUUGCUAUCUUACAUGUAGUGUCCUUCAAAGCGCCAGUAGAUUCUGGGUGAAGGGGGGUGGUGAUGUUGCCCUAUGGCUUGCAAGGAGCAUCAGCGGUGUCAUAAAGUGGUCACAAACAUAUCUGAAGGUCUGCUUAUAUGUGUUAACCCGAUUAUAUGGGCAUAUUCUGCAAAUAUUGGUUUAUAUAGUACUUGUAAGGCUCACAAUAUUCAUAUAUAAUUAUUUUCUCAUUAAAAAUAAAUUGUUUAAUUUUGUGA